AGUGACCGUUAUUUCCUGGAUACGGUUGCUACAACAACAGUCCGUGUUUUCUUCGCCUGAUCAACAUUCAGAUAAAACUGUCAGGUUUCGGUCUGUGGAGGUUUCUGGUGAAUCAUGUCUUUUUCUCCGCACACUCAGAGGGACACGAACGGAAGUUACACUUUCUCCAGCCGACCCAGAGCCGUGGAGACCCGGAGAAGAUACAGGGAGACCCCGUCUGAACUGUAGGUCUGAGGGUCCGGGGGUCCGGGGGUCCGGGGGUCCGGGGGUCUGCUAAAGAAACGGUUUUAUAAUCUUUAUUAUGAUAGAUUUGAUUAACCCCGAGCUGUAUUUAGACUUUUUCUGUUUAUGUGUAACACUAUGGUACAGUAGGGGAGACCGGGGCUUGUUGUCACAUGGGUAAGUUGUCACAUUGUAGUUACCUUUGCCACCAGAGGGCGCAACUAAAAAGUGGAACACUUGUUUUCUUUACAUGGUCAGGGGUCAUGUCCUGUCUGAGAAGAGAUGAGCGACAAUUAACCAUUUUACACAACUCAAAGUAAAAAAAAAAAGCUUUAUAUAUUUUAAAAUUAAGGUCCUCACACACCGGGGCCGACGCGAAUAUAGAGAGCUAAAUUACGAAAUAUUCAGAGGUGAAUUUUGACGCACCUGACUAAACACAUCAAGCCCGAUGCGAUUUUGCGACUUUCUGGGGGGAAAAGACACGUCCUGGGGAAAGUCCGGCCUCCUUUGUCUCUGAUUGGCUAGAAAAGCUGGAAAUGUCAUCACAUGCUCAAGCCAAAUGGUCAGCACUUACAGCCAAUCAGAGGUGAUAAGAUAAGCGCAUGAAACUAUGGUAACAACCGUUAGCUUACGUUAGCACAGAUGAAAGUUCAAACAAAGACGUUUAUCAAACUGUUAAAGCUCACAAACCAUCGUCAUGUGAGAAAUCCGACGCUAUGACUCUCCACAAGUCGGCCAUGUUGGAUAUACCGGUGAAUUAAUGCGGCAAUAUCGCAGGACGGGAAAACGUCGCUGAUGUGAACGCUCCAAAAUAAUCGCACGACAAAAACGCUCCCGGUGUGUGAGGACCUUAAUCAUGGUCACAUGCACAGACUCCAGCACUCUGAUUUAGGAGACUCCUCCAUUUCUUUUGGGUGAAUAUUCAUUUAAAAUAAGUGAGUCCUUUUAAAGCUCAUGGUGUGAGUUUCUAAAAUCUGAGAAUCAGACUGUUGUCUUUGUUAGGACCCAGAUGAAUUAUGGAAACAUCAUGUAUGACCGCCGUGUGGUGAGGGGAAACACUUACGCCAAACACGUCAUACCGACUGUAAGUAUGAGACGUCUGUUUAAUCUGAGACGAGCUGGGCGACCUCUUCAUGAUGUUUAUUACCCUUCACCGCUGACAGACGACUCAGCAGGACCUCGCCGAGAUACUGAGACAGCAGGAGAUCAGGAAGAGAGCGCUCGCUCGGAAACGGGCCCUGGACCAGCUCAGACCCAGGACUCCCGAGGCUCUGCAGGGCAGGAAACACAUCGAUGUACAAACAGGUUUGGGAUUAUUCUGGAUGACGUCUGAAUCUUUCCUCACCUGCACUUUUUCUUUAACUCCACUGACAGCCGACCCGUCUGAACUCCUGUUUUCCAGAACUUUAUCUGGAGGAACUGAGCAGCGUUACCGUGGCUGCAGAUGUUGAGUGUCAGACUGAUGAUUUCCUGGACAGACCAGCAACCCCGCUGUUCAUACCGGCCAAAUCUGGGAAAGAUGCUGAGACACAGAUCGAGGAAGGAGAGGUAAACUCCUGAGAUGACGGGUUAGAUACAUGCAGGUUCACUGAAACCAAAGCCAAACUCUCCUGACUGAGCUCCUCCUCUGCAGCUCUUCGACUUCGACAGGGAGGUGCAGCCGCUGCUGGAGGUCCUGGUGGGGAAGACAAUCGAACAGUCUCUGGAGGAGGUGAUGGAGGAGGAGGAGCUGGCGUCUCUGAAGGCUCAGCAGAGGGAUUACCAAGAGCGGAGGAACAACGAGCUGGCCGAGGUGCAGCGUCUGCAGGAGCAGGAGAGACGGCGCACUGAGGAGAAGGUAGGCUGGAUCUGAGGAGGUAUUGGAUCUACGACAUCAUGGAGUCUGACCACAACUCCUCUGCUGUUUUAUCCUCCAUUGACCUCUGACCCCAUAUUUGUGCUGACAGUAUGUCCUCAUCUCCUUCUUUCUUGGUGUCCUGUAGAUCUUCUGCGAAGGUCUUGAGAUGUUUCCCUUUAACUUCAGCUGUUUUUUUUAUAUCACUAUCAUGUUUCUUUGUGCGGCAGCGUCCAGAGUUUGUGUUUUUUUGUUUCCUCUGACCUCAGGUCCGCAGGAUCUCUCAGCAGAAGGAGGCGCUGAGGAAAGAAAGAGAGACUGCAGAGAAGAUCGCCGCCCGAGCGUACACCCAGCAGUACUUGGCCGACCUCUUCCCAUCAGUCUUCAGCUCUCUGAGGGACCACGGCUUCUUCUAUGACCCUGUGGAGAAAGGUCGGCCCUCCUUACUGAACUUCUGCUCUGCUUUUUCCUUAAAUAGACACAGGAGGGCGCUAUUGCACUGUGUUUACAUUAUAUGACACAUUAUAGAAAACUGUAAGUGAAGCCUCUGAUCUGAGGGUUUUGUUGUUGAUCGUGAAUCACAGAUGUUGAGACUCAUUUCCUCCCGUGGCUGAUGGAUGAAGUCAACAACAGGCUGGAGCAGAGAUCGGCGGCGAGGGAGCUGCUGGACAGUAAGGAAACAAACAUUUAGAGAUUAAAGUUGUAAAUUUAGGAGAAUAAAGUCAUAAAGUAAAUAAAGCCAUAAAGCUAAAAUGUUAUACUGCACUGCUGAAGUCUUGAGGACAGUUAACCUGCACUGAUCUUACCUCAUUUUGUGAAUGUUAGAAUGGCUUCUGUCUGUCUCAGAUAUUUUUAGCUUUUAUUGUGCUGGGACGUUAUUGUGGAAACAGAUGAACACAGAACACGUGUUUUGGUCGACAUCAUCCUUCUUUUAACCGAAAUAACUCCAGCUAACUGACUUUCCUUUUCUUUUUGGCAACAAAUCUUCAUUUUCGGUGGUUUUCUCUUGUUCGUUGCUCAUUUUGCAAUGUUGUUGUUGUUGUUGUUAGCGGUGUUGUGCCGAGAAACGCAUGUCCUCCAUUUAUAUCCCAAACACACACAAUACCUAUAGCCACCCAAACUCUGCAGAUACAGUAAAUCAUCAGAUUUACACAUCAGCAUCAGCAUCACAUUGUCAUAAGUAUAAAGACUUUAAGAAGAAUAUAUGAGAAAUACGUCUUUUCCACGAGGAAAAAAAAUGGUGUACUUGAAGGAAAUCGCUGCUUUCGUGGAGGCAUAAAUGAAUAUGCUGAGGAUAUAUCUGUCAAUGCAGCCGUAAAUAUCCGUGAAUGACAUUGAGCUUUAGUUUAUGAUAUGAAUCCAUAUGCCAUAAUAAGGUGUUGGUGUCUCUGCAGGUGUAGGCUACGGCCGGUGUCAGAGACGUGGUGCUCGUCAGAGCUCGACUCCCUCUGGAUCACAAAUGUUGAUCAUCAUCAGUUUGAUUGUUUCUUCAGAAACCACAAAAUCUCUCUGAAUGACCCGCUGAUACAUCCACAGAUAACCCUGCAGAUGACCAGCUUCAGUCAUUUCCCCCUCCACAAAAGCAGCUUUAUGACUUUAUUUACUUUAUGACUUUAUUCUCCUAAAUUUACAACUUUAAUCUCUAAAUCUUAAAAAAAAAAAAACCUCAAUGUUGUCCUGAUCCUCUGCUGUAGUUUUGUCAGCUUUCUUAUUUCUAAUGUUUUUGAUAGUUGAAGCAGAGCGGAUCAGUUCGUCUCUAAAUCUAUAAUGUUUGGUUAACAGAUUUUAGUGAGUUCAGAGAUCAUGCUCUCAUACAGCCUGAGCUGACUGUCUGCUGGUUUUGGAUUUCUUGUAUUUUCUUUGAAGACGCGCUGUGUCUCCAAGCGAGUCCAGCCUCUCACCUGAAAUGCGCAGCUGUGCAGCGGCACGCAAAGAAUUCUGGGAUACCGACGGCACGAAAGCGUGCAUAUAUGCACGAUUGAAAAAAUGCUAAGCGCGCUUAGCAUUUCUUAGCAUCUCGUGCCAAAUGGGACACCGUUCGCGCCGUCGUGACGUCAUGCACGCUUCAAACGCACCGUUCGACGGUGCAGAAGGGCACUUAGCUCGAUGCGGUCUCUGAAAUGAGACACAGCCACAGCCUCAGAAGUCCUCCUCUCAGGGUCGUAGAUACUCUUAGAGCGCCAUCUUGUGGUUCUGUUGAGACCUUACAGAGGUCUGGAUGACUGAUGCAUCUUCAUGCUGUUUCUCUCUCUGUCUGUUUCAGAUAUUAUAUAUGAUGUUGUUCAGAGGAGACUGGAGGCAUUCGAGGACGUGAAGACACCACCUGAAAAUAUCUGACAUCCAGAGAAAGUGAAGUCGAUGUUUCCUGAAGAACAAAGUUUUUUCUGAUCGAUUAAACUCACAGAUUAUCUCUCUGAGAAUGAAGCACUUUUGUACAAACUGUUGUAGUUUUUUUAAUUUGAAUAAACACAUUAAACAAA